UUGACAGAGGUUUUGACUCUGGUGUAAAGGAGUUUCUGUAAUUCUAUGACUCUAUAUCACACUGACUUGAUACCAUUUGACACUGACUUUUUCAUUCGACAUAUUGUAACAUCUGUGCUGACGUGAUUCGCAGGCACAGGCAUGUGCAGCUGUGUGCGGAGCUCCAGGGCUCUGUCCCCUGCCCUGCUCCCCAGGCUGCUGCUGCCUCAGGCUGGGUGCAGGUCGGUCCAUCGAGGCCUCUGGACCUCCUCUCAGUGCCUAGCCAAUGCUGGAGACUCCCAGCUGCUCCCCCUGCCCAGCCAGGCCCGCGUGGUGAUCUGUGGAGGGGGUAUUGUGGGCACAUCGGUAGCCUACCACCUGGCCAAGCUGGGUUGGACAGAGAUCGUGCUGCUGGAGCAGGGCAGACUGGGUGCAGGGACAACCAGGCUCUGUGCUGGUAUCAUCAGCGUGGCCAAACCCAUCUCCAUUGAGUGUCGAAUGGCUGACUACUCCAACAGUCUGUAUCAGCGGCUGGAGGAAGAGACUGGGGUCAAGACAGGUUAUGUGAAGACAGGCUCUCUGUGUCUGGCCCAAAAUCAAGAUCGCUUUCUCUCUUUGAAGCGCUUGGCGUCGCGGCUGAAGGUAAUUGGGAUCAACUGUAACAUCAUUAAGCCUAAGGAGGUGGCCAAGCUCCACCCACUGGUUAACAUUCAUGACCUGGUGGGGGCGCUCCACCUCCCUGGUGAUGCAGUGGUCUCGCCGCCUGACGUUAACCAUGCUUUGGCUGUGGCUGCUGCUGGGCAAGGAGUCCAGAUCCUGGAGCGAACCGGUGUCCAGCAAGUUGUGGUGGAGAAGGGACAUGUGACGGCGGUGGAGACAGAGCGUGGCUCCAUCGAGUGUGAAUACUUCGUCAAUUGUGCUGGACAGUGGGCCUAUGAGCUGGGCCAAGCCAGUGAGGUGAAGGUGUCGGUUCCUCUUCAUGGCUGCGAACACUUCUACCUCCUCACAAAACCUCUCCAGGAGCUCCUCCCCCCCAACAUUCCAGUGGUGAUGGAUAUGGAUGGCAGGAUCUAUGUACGGCCGUGGCAGGGAGGUCUGCUGUCAGGAGGCUUUGAGAAGAACCCGAAACCCAUCUUCACUGAGGGCCGGAACCAGCUGGAGAUCCAGAACAUGCAGGAGGACUGGGACCACUUUGAGCCGAUGCUAAGCGGCCUGUUGAGGAGAAUGCCUGGUCUGGAGUCGGCAGAGAUCCACCAGCUGGUCAACUGUCCUGAGUCCUUCACCCCCGACAUGCGAUGUCUGAUGGGUGAGACCCCAGGCGUUACUGGCUACUAUGUUCUGGCUGGGAUGAACUCCUCUGGCCUAGCCUUUGCUGGCGGUGCUGGCAAGUACCUAGCAGAGUGGAUGACGUAUGGCUACCCCACUGCCAAUGUUUGGCCACUGGACAUCAAACGUUUCGGCAACCUCCAGAGCAGCCGAACCUUCCUGCGACACAGAGUUAUGGAAGUAAUGCCCUUGUUGUAUGAACUGAAGGUUCCUCGCUGGGACUUCCAGACUGGGCGUCAGCUCAGGACAAGUCCUCUGUAUGACCGACUGGACACCCAGGGGGCUCGAUGGAUGGAGAAACAUGGCUUUGAGAGGCCAAAAUACUUUGUCCCAGCAGGGAAAGAUCUGCUAUCUCUGGACCAGAGUAAGACCUUUUACAAACCAGACUGGUUUGACAUCGUUGGAGCAGAGGUGAAAUGCUGCAAAGAGGCGGUCUGUGUCAUCGACAUGUCCUCCUUCACCAAGUUUGAACUGAGUUCUUCCGGUGACCAAGCCUUGGAGCUGCUGCAGCAUCUAUGUGCCAAUGACUUGGAUGUUCCUGUUGGACAUAUUGUCCACACAGGCAUGUUGAAUGAGAGGGGGGGCUACGAGAAUGACUGCAGCGUGGUCCGACUCAGCAGGAACAGUUUCUUCAUCAUCUCUCCGACAGACCAGCAGGUCCACUGUUGGUCCUGGAUAAAGAAACACAUGCCAAGUGACCCACAGCUCCAUCUGGAGGAUGUCAGCUGGAAAUACACAGCUCUAAAUCUGAUUGGACCUCGUGCCAUGGACGUUUUGGCUGAGCUGUCAUAUGUCUCCAUGACACCUGACCACUUCCCCUCCAUGUUCUGUAAGGAGAUGAGUGUGGGCUAUGCCAACGGGAUUAGAGUGAUGAGUAUGACUCAUACUGGGGAACCAGGCUUCAUGCUCUAUAUCCCUAUAGAGUAUGCGCUGCAUGUGUACAACGAGGUGAUGUCGGUGGGUCAGAAGUACGGGAUUCGGAAUGCAGGAUACUACGCACUCCGCAGCCUACGCAUUGAAAAGUUCUUUGCCUUCUGGGGUCAGGACCUGGACGCCUUUACCACCCCGCUGGAAUGUGGACGAGAGUUCAGGGUGAAGUUUGACAAGAACACAGACUUCCUGGGUCGUGAGGCCUUGAUGCAGCAGCGUCAGGUUGGCGCCUCUCGCCGCUUUGUCAUGCUAGUUCUGGAGGACCAUGACACAGAGCUGGACCUGUGGCCAUGGUGGGGUGAGCCCAUCUACCGUAAUGAUCACUUGGCCGGUACGACCACCAGCAGUGCUUACAGCUACACCCUGGAGCGUCACGUCUGCCUGGGCUUUGUGUCACCGCCACCAGGCCCUGAGGGGCUCCCCACACCAAUCACACCAGACUUCAUCAACCGUGGGGACUAUGAGGUGGACAUUGCUGGCCAGCGCUUCCCAGCCAAAGCCAAACUCUACCCUUUCAGCUCCCUUUUCACCCAGCAAAAACGCCGCAAGGAUGACCUAGAGCUCAGCAACCUCCAGGGGAAGUGAUGACGAGUGAAAGGAGGCCUCACUUUGCUUCCUGUGACACUCCUUCGCAUCACCAAAUCCACUCCUGCACUUAACUCGUUCCCUCCUCUGCUCUCUUCUCCUUCUUCACCCAGUGCCAAUCUUCCCAUUUCUAAGCCCUAAGCAGAGGGCUGAGUGCACAAUCAGGCCCUCUAGCAACUAACUACUGCAUUGCAUCUCUGCUUUUUAAAGUGCAAUAUUUAAAAGACACCAAAUGUUCUAGCUGUUUUUUUUUUGUUUUUUUUUAAGCUGUAUUUAUCCAGGGAAAUUCAGCUCACUUUUUUCAUCCCUGCCCUGUUUUCACAAUGAUACAGUUCCACAUAUUCACACUGGGAGCCUCAAAUGAAAAAUCAGGGGUUAAGUGCCUUCCUUGAGGGCACAUCAGCAGUGAGUGGGUGUUGAUUUUCCACUCUCCAGUUUUUCCUAGCCUUGAUUUGAUGUUUCUACACAUAUCUGAAAAAGUCUGGUUUUUCAAUCUUAAUUCUUUCCAGGCACUUAGAAGUUUAGGAAUUGCAAACAGUCUGGAAAAAACAUCAUCAACCCACAGCCUACACACUCAGUGUACCUGUGGACUUCACUGUCACAGACUCAUUCAGACAAAUGAAUUGUCUUUAUCAGCUAUUAUAUCAUCUGAAGACAUGUUGGAGUUUGAGAUGGAAAAAAUGUGUGAUCCCUGAUGUAACUUUUGGUAAACCGCCAUUUCCUCUGCCGCCCAUUAUUCCUCCUCUUAACUCCUUUUUUUCUCAACCAGUCCUCUGAAAAAAGGACUGGUUGGUUGUUGCUAGGAAAACUCAGGCUUUCCUAGAGAUGACUAUUACGAGCAGGGCCUUUCCCAAAGUCAGAAGGACUGUUUUUUCUCUUGUGGAUAUCUUUAUCAUCAACUUAAUUUUUUUGCAUAUUUGUUGUAACAAAUAUGUGAGGUUUGUGCAGAUGCACUUAAUGUAAACUUUUAUUUAUGUUUUGUGAUGGUUUUGAAGUCACAUAGCUCUCCUUAUGUGUUAGUGCUGUGUUGAAUGUGAGGGUGAUGCUAGGUGUACUAUAGACUGGCAAUGGAAGGAUGGCAAGGCUGAAUCUAGUCCACAAUCUUUCCUUGGUGGUGUUUAUUUGAUCUCUGCCUGCCAUAGAGCUUACAUGCUUGUGUAAGAAGAUGAGGUCUUCAGCAAGAUUUGAAAUAAAGCUGUGUAUUUUUGUAUAGCUAGUGUGUAUAUAAUCUCUGUUUUCAGCACUGGCAUUGUUUUUUUUCUUUUCUUUUUAUUCCCUUCCUUGUUUUUAUCACUUUUAAGCUAUAUCAACUGUAACAAUCAUCUAUAAUGUGGUCUUUCUUUGGUUCCUUCAGUUUCCCAUCUGCUUCUGUGUUAUAUCAAAAAUGUCAGUAGUGUCGUCGCAGACUGAAUGCAUUUAUCAGACUUUUUUUGUUGUGUUUGUUUUGUUUUCACUGCAUUUCAGACAGUUUCUAGAAUAUUAUGUACAUAGAAAUGUUAAAGAAACAGGAUGCAAAGGAGCCCUGUGUAUGGAGGAGCAUGAAAUCUUUGCAGAAGGUUACAGAGGCAGGCAGUCCUCAGGAGGCUGAAAACAAAGUAAAGUAAACUGCAGGAUUGUCAGCAAGGUUUGCAGUUUCCUACACAGGUAUAGAAAGUCUGCAAAAAUUGUUUAUCAGUCCUAACCUCUUUUUCUUCCCCUAGGGAAGCUGUAUUUUCUUUCCACCCACUCCGCAGGGAGGUCAGAGGUCAGGGUCAUCCACAGAGCAGCAGCCUUGGAGCUGGUAGGGAUACAGUGUCGUGCUCACCUCAGCAGGGUUUGUUGCAAUAGGGGAUCAGAGGAGAGUAUCCCAUGAACCAGGAUUAGAAAAUUAGCCGGAUAACUAUGGAAAAAAAUAUGCUAUAUCCUGGUGAUAGUGAUCUUAAUCUGUAAAACAAUGGUUGAAUGUAAGGGUUAGCAUAAUAGUCCAGUCAUCCCUGAUGAUGGUUGCUAAUAAUAGACAAAAUUUCAGAGGUGAUAUUCAGUAAUACUUUUUAAAGUUAUCUGGCUGACUUGCCAAUCCUACUUCCUGGAGUACCCCUCUGGUCUUAACAGUUUGAAGGCAUUCUCUGUCCUCCCUUUGUACCCUUGCCACUCAUUUCAGACCCUCAGUCAUUUCACAUAUAAAAGUUAUGAAGAACAAUUUUCAGAUAAGAGUGACAUUACCUAGCCACUAGAUCAUAUUGGACACGAACCAAAGGCUUCAAAUCCAAUCAAAAAAUGUUGGUGCUGAACAGAGAGAGCAUAAACGGCUGUUUCAUCAGUGUGUGUUUAUUGUGCGUUUCUGCCUGGGAUGUUUCACCAGGCACUAACUGUUUCUUGACCCGCUGGGAAUGUGAACUUUUAGUUUCAUUUCUAAAAUAUUAAAGUGAAAAUGAAGGCAGUCGCAUGAAUUGAAUACUGAACAGGGUUAUUUGAUGCAUGUUGCACAAUUUCAAGAUCUCCAGGAAGAUAAAUUGUGAAGAAUUUUUCCAUUUGCAUCCUAGACACCAGUCUCUGUGAUGCCUUGGUAUCAAAGCUUGGAGUAGUAUUACUGUAUUUGGGUGUACCGAUGACGUAUGCAGUGCUGCAUUUGUUAAACACCAAAGAGGACAAAUUUUACAGUCUGCAGAGUCUCUGCUUUUGACAGUAGUUUAUGUAGGGAAUUGAAUUUUGAUCGUUUUCCUGAAUAUUAUGGUUGUAAUUUGAAUUGCAGUACACACUGACAACUUUAUAACACAAUUUUAUUUUUGGUACUUUUGUCAGACACAUUUUUUUUUGAGGGGGGGAUCUGUAGGCUUGGUAUUCUUCACAGCCCCAGAAUAACUUGCUGGAAGGGGUUGGAGACACCUUUACUCCAGGGGAAAAUGCAGCUUGUUGAAACUCAACAGAAAAUAUGGAAAGACACCCCUCAGUUUUGUACUAGCAACCCCAUUAGUCUCUCAGUGGUUAGGGACAGUCUUUGGUCUGAUUUUAUCUGACCAUGGAAUAGGGGUCAAUGUGAAUUUAUCUAUACAUAGUCAUACAUAUCGCACAUGGCCAGUCAGUGUAAAAUUAUUUCUUACAUACUGAUUCCUUCUAAGAGGAACCACACCUGUACAGUUGGAAUAAAAAAAAAAACACUCCAUUACUAUGA